AUGGCGGAUCGGAGCAGAGGAUUUAUGAGAGAUGAAUUCGUGACCUAUGCUUACAUUCUUCUCUAUAUCGCUCUUUCUAGCGGUCAAAUCUUCUUCAAUAAGUGGGUUUUGUCAUCUAAGGAGAUAAACUUUCCUUAUCCGCUUGGAUUGACUUUACUCCAUAUGAUAUUUUCUUCUGUUUUGUGCUUUCUUCUUACCAAAGUUCUUAAGAUCGUGAAGGUUGAGGAAGGAAUGACACUAGAAAUAUAUGUUACAUCAGUUAUUCCAAUAGGUGCAAUGUUUGCGAUGACCCUCUGGUUGGGAAACACUGCCUAUCUCUACAUAUCAGUUGCAUUUGCACAGAUGUUGAAGGCUAUAAUGCCGGUUGCUGUAUUUAUUCUUGGAGUAGCUGCUGGACUUGAAAUGAUGAGCUGCAGGAUGCUUUUGAUAAUGUCUGUCAUAAGUUUUGGUGUUUUAGUGGCCUCUUAUGGGGAAUUAAACAUCAACUGGAUCGGAGUGGUUUACCAAAUGGGUGGUGUCAUUGGAGAAGCCCUGAGGCUAAUCUUUAUGGAAAUUCUUGUCAAGAGGAAGGGUAUCAAAUUAAACCCAAUCUCUCUUAUGUACUAUGUGAGCCCCUGCAGUGCUAUUUGCUUGUUUGUACCGUGGAUCUUUCUAGAGAAAUCGAAGAUGGAAGGAAAUGGCACAUGGAACUUUCAUUUUACAGUGUUGACCCUUAACUCCAUCUGUACAUUUGCUCUCAACUUGUCGGUUUUCCUGGUGAUAUCUCACACGAGUGCUCUCACUAUCCGAGUUGCUGGCGUUGUCAAGGAUUGGGUGGUUGUCUUGGUCUCAGCUCUUCUCUUUGCCGACACAAAACUCACAGUCAUCAAUCUUUUCGGUUACGCCAUUGCCAUUGCCGGUGUAGCGGCUUAUAACAACCAUAAACUGAAGAAAGAAGCGUCCCGAGUUACCUCAGAGACAGCUUCGGGAGAUAGUGAAUCUAUACCGUUGGUGUCACAGACUACCAAUACAGAGAGAUAA